AUGAACUAUUGCCAAAACGGACUAAUUUCAUAAGAUAGUAAUUGUUCGUCUACUAAUAUUUGUAUAGAUGGAUAUGAAUGGAAUUAUUCUGAUUAAAAAUGCAAGAAAUAGUCAAUUUGUAAUGAAAGUAUAAUAGAUAAAAAUCUAAAUCUUUUUUAAUGCCAAAAUUGCAGCUUGACUACUGAUUUAAAAUAAUGCUAAAACUCUUGUUUUCAUUAUCAGUAUUAUUCAUAAUCUUAUGGUGAAUGUAUGACAUAUUGCGGAAAUGGGUCUGUAGUAAAACAAGAAUAACCUAGCUGCUAAAGUUUGUUUACAUGCAUAGAUGGACUGGAAUAGAGUAAAAUAGAUGAUAAGUGUGUUAGAUAACAAACUUGCAGUUAAAAGAUUUAUGAUGCAAGUUUAAAUUUAUUUUAAUGUCUAAAUUGUACCUUAGUUUCAGAUUUUAAACAUUGUGAAAAUAAAUGUGACAGUAAUUAUUUUUCAGCAGAAUAUGGAUGCAUGGCUUAUUGCGGAAAUGGAAUAAUUGCAUCAAAUAAAAAAAGCUGCUAAUUAAGUAAUCUUUGUAUUGAUGGAUUUUAAUGGAACCUUCAAAAUAACUCAUGUAAAAAAUGUGAUUCUCUUGUUGUUGAUAAAAAUCUAAAAUUACAUCAAUGCCCAAAUUGUAGCAUUGUUUCAGAUACUUAAUACUGUUAGAAUCAAUGUAAGAAAAAUUAAUAUUUCUCACAAAAAAAUAACAAUUGUUUUUAAUAAUGUGAAAAUGGAAGAAUUUAAACUGAAACAAAAGAUUGUUCAGAAUCUCCUAUUAUUUGUAUUGAUGGAUUUGAAUGGAAUAAAAAUGAUAAUAAGUGUGUUCAAUGUGAUUAAAGUAUUUUCGACUCAAAAUUUAAUAUUUAUAGUUGCUCAAAUUGUAGUUUAGCUUCAGAUGUAAAAGAUUGCUAAAACAAUUGCUAAAUGUCAGAGUAUUUUUCUUAAUUUAAAAAUUAAUGCAUGAAAUAUUGCUGGAAUGGAAUUAUAUCAAAUUUAAAUGAAGAUUGCUCACUUUCUUAACUUUGCACAGAUGGGUUUUAUUGGGAUUUAACAACUUAAAAAUGUGAAAAGAGUUGUGAUUAAAAGGUCUUUGACUCGAAUUUAUAAAUUCAUUAAUGCUAAAAUUGUAGUUUCGCUUCAGUUAUAGACUAUUGCCAUAAUUGCUCUAGCCUUGAGUAUUAUUCAGCUGAAUUAAAUAUGUGCAAGUAUUAUUGUGGAAGUGGAAUAAUUGCGCCAGAUAAGGAAGGUUGUUAAUUUUCAAAUUAUUGCAUAGAUGGGUAUAGGUGGAGCAAAUAAGAUAAUUAAUGCAGAAAAUGUGAAGGAGAUACUUUAGACAAAAAUUUAAAUUUAUUUGUAUGCUCAAAUUGCAGUUUUACUUCAGAUAUCUAAGCUUGCAAUCGCUGUUAAAGUACUUAUUACUACUCUUAAUAACACAGCUAAUGUGUAACAUUAUGUGAAAAUGGAUUAAUUUUACUUGACUAUGAAUAUAGAUGUUCAUCAGCUAAGGCUUGUGUAGAUGGGUUUUAAUUGAAUAAUUCAAGUAAUAAAUGUGAAAAAUGCAAUCAAACCCUUAUUGAUGCAAAUUUUAAUCUCCAUUAAUGUCCAAGUUGUUUUUUUGUUACAAAUAUUGAGUUUUGUUAAAAAAAAUGCUUAAAUUCUCAAUAUUUUUCAUAAUAAUACGGAUGCAUGACAUAUUGUGGUAAUGGAUUUAUCGCAUUGGAUUAAAGUAGUUGCUCUAAAACUAAUGUUUGCAUAGAUGGAUUUUAAUUUAACGAAAGUGAUAAAAAGUGUGAAAAAUGCAAUCAAAGUAUUUUUGAUAAUAGUUUAAACAUACACAGAUGUGAAAACUGUAGCUUGGUUACUGAUAUUAAAUUUUGCUCAAACAAUUGCACAGUUGAUCAAUUUUAUCUAAAGGAAUAAAGUAAAUGUAUGAAUUAUUGUGAAAAUGGGCUCAUUGCUGAAGAUAUAUCAAGUUGUUUUUCAAAUCUGUUUUGCUUAGAUGGAUCUUAAUGGAAUUUUAUAACUAAAAAAUGUGAAACAAAUUUAUAAACUAAAUGUCCUUCUGGAAAUCUUCCCGAUUCUUAUGUAAAAGUAUGUAGUAAUUGUAGUUUUGUUACUGAUACUUAAUUUUGCAAAAAUAGCUGCUACCUUUCAAAUAAUUCAUAUUUCUUUGAGUAAAAAAAUUAAUGUUGGUAUUAUUGCGGAAAUGGAUUAAUUUCAUAAGACAAAAGUGAAUGUAAAACUUCUGAGAUAUGCGUGGAUGGAUUUUAAUGGGAUUUUUAAACUAAAAAAUGUGAAAAAAACUAUAACUGCCCUAGCAUACUACAGGAUGCUUAUGUAAAAUUAUGCAGUAACUGUAGUUUAGUUACUGAUACUAAUUUUUGCUAGAAUAAAAGUUUUGAUUCUUUUAAAAAAGUGUCUAUGUAUUACGAUUAGUAAUAGAAUAAGUACAUGAAUUAUUGUGGAAAAGGAUAAAUUACUUCAAUUUAAUCUAGCUGUAAUGUAUAGACUACAAAUACUUGUAUAGAUGGAUUUUAAUGGAAUUCUCAAAAUCAAUAAUGCGAAACAAAUUAAUAAACUCUUUGCGCAUCUUAUUCUUUGUCUGACUCAUAUGUAAAAAUAUGCAGUAAUUGUAGUAUUGUGAGUGAUACCGACUUUUGCUAAAAUAACUGCUCUGCUUCAAAAGACUAUUUUUAUUAUUAUUCUUAAAAGUUAGAUGCAUGUAUGUAUUAUUGUGGUAAUGGACUAAUUGCUAACACGAAGAGCAAUUGCAAAUCUAUAACUACCUGCAUAGAUGGAUUAGUAUGGAAUUUUUUAACAAAUAAAUGUGAGUCAAGUUUAAAAUAGAACUGUCCCCACGAUUCAUUACCAGAUGAUUAUGUAAAAGUAUGUAACAAUUGCAGUUUUGUUACUGAUACUUAAUUUUGUUAAAAUGAAUGUUUAGCUUCCUAAAAAUCUUAUUACUACCAUUAAUAAUCAAAUCAAUGUAUGUAUUAUUGUAAAAAUGGGCUUAUUGCUAAUGAUUAUUCUCUAUGCUAAUUUUCAAAUACAUGUGUAGAGGGAUAUUAAUGGAACAAUUAAAGUAGAAAAUGUGAAAAAAAAUAAAUAUGUGAGGAAAAGAUUUUUGAUAGUAGUCUUGGAAUUUAUUAAUGUCCAAAUUGUAGUUUAGUAGUAAAUACUUAAUUUUGUUAAAAUGACUGCAAUCAUUCUUAAUUUUACUCAUAAGCAAAUUGUAUGAUUCAUUGUGGAAAAGGACUUAUUGCAAAAGACUAAAAAAGUUGCAAAUUAUCCAACCUUUGUAUUGAUGGGUUUAUUCUUACUGAAGAAGGCAAGUGUAACCCAUAUGGUGCUUUUAUUAAUCAGAAAAUUGACUAAAAUUUUUUGAUAAUGAAUAUCUUAAUUCCUUUGUUAUUUAUUUUUGUCAUUAUUAUUUUUGUAAUCUGGGUUGUAAAAAAAGUUAAAGGUGUCGUUAAAGCGUAAGCAGGACACUCAGAAAUAAUAAAAAAAUAAUAGCAAGAAGCAUAAAAAUAUAUGAUUGCACAUUAAGAAGAAAUAGAAGCAUUAAAAUAGAAAUUAUAAAAAAUAUAGUCAGUUGAAAUCAAUUAAAAUGAAAUUAUUCUAAGCAUGAAUAACCAAAAAGAAGAUUUAGAAGAAUAAUCUUUAAGUAAAUAGACAGUAAAUAUGAUAGAAAAUUUUAAGGAACUUUAGUAAGAUUAAUAUUCUUAGUAGUAGUUUUAAGAAAAUCCAGCUUUUGAUAAUCAGCAUAGCCAAUGA